AUGGCGGAGCUCAAGCGGCUGUCGGAGAGCCGGGACCUGACGCGGAUUGAGCGCAUCGGCGCGCACUCCCACAUCCGGGGUCUAGGGUUGGACUCCUCCAUGGAGGCGCGCGAUGCCUCGGAGGGCAUGGUCGGGCAGCUCCCCGCGCGCCGCGCCGCGGGGCUCAUACUCCAGCUCAUCCGCCAGGGCAAGAUUGCGGGCCGCGCUGUGCUCCUUGCGGGCCAGCCCGGCACCGGCAAGACCGCGCUCGCCAUGGGCAUCGCCAAGUCGCUUGGCGCGGAGACGCCCUUUGCCUCCGUCGCCGCCUCGGAGCUCUUCUCGCUCGACCUCUCCAAGACGGAGGCGCUCACGCAGGCCUUCCGCCGCGCCAUCGGCGUACGCAUCAAGGAGGAGGCGGAGAUCAUCGAGGGCGAGGUCGUGGAGAUCUCAAUCGACCGCCCUUUGUCGGCCUCUGGCGCUGGCAGCAGCUCGGCUGCCCCUUCCGGUGCUACUGCGGUUGGUAAGUCAGGGCGGCUCACGCUGAAGACCACGGACAUGGAAACGGUGUACGAGCUCGGAGGAAAGAUGAUUGAGGCUCUUGGGAAGGAGAAGGUGCAGAGUGGGGAUGUAAUUGCGCUUGACAAGGCCUCAGGGAAGGUCACCAAGCUUGGCCGCUCCAUCGGGAGGUCACGGGAUUAUGAUGCCGUUGGCCCGCACACCAAGUUUGUCAAGUGUCCUGAUGGUGAGCUCCAGAAGCGCAAGGAGGUCGUGCACUGUGUUACCUUACAUGAGAUUGAUGUCAUCAAUAGCAGGACACAGGGUUUUCUUGCACUGUUCACUGGUGACACUGGUGAAAUUCGUGCAGAGGUUCGGGAGCAGAUUGACACAAAAGUUGCAGAGUGGAGAGAGGAAGGAAAAGCUGAGAUUGUCCCUGGUGUUCUGUUCAUCGAUGAAGUCCACAUGCUAGACAUCGAGUGCUUCUCCUUCCUCAACCGCGCAUUGGAAAAUGACAUGGCUCCGAUCCUAGUAAUCGCAACAAACAGAGGGAUCACAUCCAUCCGUGGGACAAACUACCGUUCACCGCAUGGGAUCCCACCAGACUUCCUUGAUCGGUUACUGAUCAUCAUGACGCAGCCCUACACGGAGGACGAGAUCCGGAAGAUCCUGGAUAUCCGGUGCGAUGAGGAGGACGUGGAGAUGUCCGCGGACGCCAAGGUCCUGCUAACCAAGAUCGGCGUGGAGACCUCGCUGCGGUACGCCAUCAACCUUAUCACAUCCGCCGCACUAGCCUGCCAGAGGCGCAAGGGGAAGGUGGUCGAGAUGGAGGACAUUAGCCGGGUGUACCAGCUGUUCCUGGACGUGAAGCGGUCGACGCAGUACCUGAUGGGGUACCAGAGCCAGUACAUGUUCAACGAAGUGCCGGGGGAAGCUGAUGGAGAGGACGCCAUGCAAUCCUAG